CACCCUGACAAAAACCCAGUUGCCACGUGGCCAGAUUUUUCACGUUAACAAUUCUAAACACUGUUUCUUCCUCGUAUAAAUAUUAUUCUCUUCCAAGUUCGAACCAGACAAGAUCAUUUGUUUCAGUUUGGGACAUCAUCAUCAAUUGAUCUCAAAACACAACAUAACCGUUUUAUGUAACACAACACAACUCACAGCCCUCUUUACCGAUGUCGGCUGCCACCGCAAUCUCUGACAAGUUAACGCCGAGAACUCUCAGCGAUAUCUCCGAAGUUGAAACAUCAGUGAGACUCGGUGUGGAUCUAGUAUCGGCCACCAGGCGAAAUAUCGGGUUUUUGAGGACUGUCAACGAGUCUCAGUGGCUUCAUGAGACAGCAACCGUCGUUGAAGCCAUUAGAAGGUAUGAUGAGCUUUGGAUGCCGUUGAUUUGUGAUCUAACCGUGGGGUCAACGCCUGCCAGAAUUCUUCCUCCGUUCGAUAUUGAGUGGGUUUGGUUUUGUCACACCUUGAAUCCGGUCAGUUACAGGCAAUACUGUGAGUCAAGGUUCUCGAAACUCAUUGGAAAACCAGCUAUUUUUGAUGAAGAAAACGAAGAGUAUGCCUUGAUGAGAUGCAAAGAAAUUUGGACUAACAGAUACCCAUUCGAGCCUUUUGAGAAUGAAAUGGAUUCAGAUUCUUCAGAUAAUCUACUAGUCAUUGCAAAUGAAGAUAUAUUGACUCAAGUGAAAAAGCAGAGAUUUUUAUACUUGAAAUUUUCUGAGCCAUAUAUGCGCGAGAUUGUGUACUUGAUCGCGGCCAGACAACGCUACAAAGGCUUUUUGUUCAUGUUGGGCAAGUUCACUGAUGAAUGUUCUUGUUUUGUUCCUGCUUUUGAUAUUCAACUCAUGUGGCUCACCCAUCUGAUUAGGUGGAGUUUGAAGUUGAUAUUUCUUCUGGAUAAGCAUGACCACGUAAAAAGCUAUCCCACAGUGUAUGCUGAGGACUUGAAGGACAUGUGGGAUGAGAUGAGGAAGGUGGUGGGAGUUUGGGAGACUCUGAAGCCAAAAGUUGCGGAAGAAACCAAGACACUUUGGGAGAGAACUUUUGAUCAGCCUUAUGAGAAAGCUGGAAGUGGGCUAGUUUUGGAACUGGAAGGUAGUGCCUCAGUGAAGCCCCCAUUUUACUGGAAUGUAUCGGAUACGGACGUUAAUAGCAAAUACAGGUCCUUGGUGCCUAGGUUCCUGCUUGAGGUCUGUGUGUUUCUGAAACUCAAGUCUCAAAAGAAAGCAACAAAAGAGGAUAUAGCUCAUGGUUUUAUGCGUCUUCGGAUGGUAAGAUGUCACAGGGAGCUAAAGCUUGAUAAAUCUUUAUCCAGUUUCUCCAACAGUUCAUGGCGAAAAGCUUGGCAUCUCUACUGUGAGUUUGGAAGCAGAGGUUUAAUACUUGAGAUUCGUCAUCGUGGUGGCUACUGCCUCAGGGGAAGUGCAUUAAAAGGAUCUACAACAUUUAAUUGGAAUGAUUUACUAAGAGCGCCUUCACUUACAGUCCUAAGAGAAAUUGAACAACUCAAGGUUUCUGUUUCAAUAACUCCUCCGGUUCAAGCUCCUUACUUGCUGAAAUGUGUGCCCGACAGAGUCACAGAUGAUUCAGGAGCUAUGAUAUCGGAUGUAAUUCUGAGAUUAAAUGGGUAUCGACCACAAGAAGGUCGAUGGUUGUCUCGUACUGUUCUUGAUCAUGCAGGAAGAGAAUGUUUUGUUGUUCGAAUAAGGGUGGGAGGAGGAUUUUGGAGAAGAGGAGGAGAAAAACCUUCAGCUGUGAGAUGGCAGGAUCGGAUCAUAGAGAUUCGUGAAGGUUGUUGGUCUUAUGUUGCCGGUUCCAUUGGUAAAGCACCUGAGAAAGUGGUAGGAACUGCAACACCAAAAGAACCUACAGCACAAUGUCAAGCGGCAUGGCAUUUUUCAACAGGAGACGAAUUAAUGAUAAGUUGGGAGUCAUUGUCAUCAAAAUGGGGCUUGAAAUUUACUUUGACUAAUCAAACAUCUCCGGAUUCAUCGUUUACACUUUUGAGAGGUCGGAAAAUGCAGUAUCGAGGGAAAUUUGGUUUACAAAGUAAAGAACAAGAAAGGCAAAACAAAGGAGAAGAGGAGAUCGAAAAUGAUGAGGAAGACGAUGAGGGUUUUGUGACACUCAUUCGCUUCUCCGAAGAGAACCCGACUGGAAAAGUCACAGCUCUAUUGAAUUGGAAACUACUGGUAAUAGAAGUAUUGCCAGAAGAGGAUGCAGUUUUGGUACUUCUUUUAUGCAUCUCUAUUCUUAGAAGUGUAUCUGAAAUGAGAAAGGAAGAUGUAGGAAGUUUAUUGAUCCGGAGAAGACUGAAGGAAGCAAAACUUGGAGCCAGAGACUGGGGUUCAGUAAUUCUUCAUCAUUCAUCAUUCUCCUCCUCCAGUCCUUCACCGUAUAUUCAACCUUGGUAUUGGAAUGUUGACCAAGUAAUGGCACGUGGAGUCGACAACAUGACUAGGCAACCAGAUUUCAAGUACUCCCUGGUAGAAGGCGGCGACAAGUUAUACAAGAAAGGAAUCAUUUCAUGACAUACUCCAUAUGACUAUGUAUCAGUAUAUUUUUUACUCAGAGAUGGCUGAAGGUACACACAACUUGCAUUGUAAUGUAAACUACUUGGACAUCAUGUAAAUGGCUAUCAUCUCAGACUCAGGAAAUGCACAUGCUCCUGCACAUUUCUAAUAUAAAAAAACUUGAUUUUGCA